AUUUCUUUUUAAAGUGCGUAUUACAGUCUGUCAGGUCAGUGUGUAUCUGCUACACAGCGAACGAUCUGCAGAUGUCGGUUAUAGAAAAGACAGACAGAAAAACAGACAGAAGAAUCUGAUCAGACAUGAACGCAGAGAUCGGAAACCUUCCAAAAUCCUGGACGCUGAAAAAAUGAAGAAAUGAGGAUUUGAAAUAAUGCAUCUGAUCUGUAACACAGCAAGUUUUAAUGUGAUCAGUCUUCUGCUCGCUGAUGAUCAUUAACGGGGAAAUAAAGUCGGGAUUAAGAAGCGCGCGCACGGCGUCCGUAUGUAAGCAAGAGCUGAAAUCUGACCCUCAAGUCGCCUUCAGCAAACUCUUUACUGCACUGAUCUAAUGAUGAGCGUUAUAAAGGCUGGCAUGUGUUAUAGCAUUGUGUUUAGGAUAUUUGUAAAGGCAAAUCUAAUGAAAAUGAUGUUAUAACAAUAGCAUUAUUAUUAUUAUUAUUAUUAUUAUUAUUAUUAUUAUUAUUAUUAUUAUUAUGCUAUUAUGUAAAUCUGCGCGUAUCUUAAAACAUCCGUUUAGACUUAAGACAUCAACACAAUGACAUCAUAGACAUCUGUUUUACACUUAUAUUCACACACACAAGUAUUUACAGUUUACACAUCACACACGGGUCUAUAGAAUUUUGUGCGUGCACAAGGUCGAGGAUGCCGGAUUGCGUCAGUGUCGGUGGUCGUUACUGCAGGUGCUUGGUGACGGCGCACGAGCUCGGACCUGAUCAGCGCUUAUAACUGUUAUAACGGGACACCGGAAAUGGACGUGGCUGCAGCGAGCCACUCCACCGAGCCGCUUGUGUUAAAGCCGGACUCGAAAGCUACCGACCGUAAAGACAGCCGCGGUGACACGGAGCCUGCCGCAGCGCGAGGAGGGGCGAACGAGCCGAGCGCGAGCCUCCAGCAGCAACCGACAGAAUCCCGGAAUUCGUCCAGGCGCAGGUUCAUCCGCACCAACCUGUGGUUCUCGGAGUCGGAGGAUCACGGUUUGGAGACGCCGGAAUGCGGCGACAGCAUCAGCACCGGGAUUAUCCGUCCCGUCGCGAACGCGCGCAGAAAUCGGUACCGAAAGAGCUCGAGCGCUGGGAGUCCGGUAAGGACCGAAAGCUGCAUCGACGCACAGGGACAGAAAAGCGAGGCCGAGCAAAAGGAAGAACCUGCUACAGCGAGCACUGCCGGUAAGGACGAGCAUGGGCACGCGGAGGAGGAAGAGGAUGAAGAAGAGGAAGCCGGGAUGACGGCAGUCAGCACUUCUCCCAGUGGCCGCUUCCUCAAGUUCGACGUGGAGCUCGGGAGAGGCUCGUUUAAGACCGUGUAUAAGGGCCUGGACACAGAGACAUGGGUGGAGGUGGCGUGGUGUGAACUUCAGGACCGUAAGCUAUCUAAAUUGGACCGUCAGAGGUUUAAGGAGGAAGCGGAGAUGCUGAAGGGCCUCCAGCACCCCAACAUUGUCCGCUUCUAUGAUUUUUGGGAGUGUCCUGUCAAAGGAAAGAAGUGCAUUGUCUUGGUUACUGAACUAAUGACUUCAGGCACUUUAAAAACGUACUUGAAGCGUUUCAAGGUGAUGAAGCCGAAGGUGCUGCGUAGCUGGUGCCGGCAGAUCCUCAAGGGUCUUCACUUUCUGCACACUCGCACACCUCCCAUCAUCCACCGAGACCUAAAGUGCGACAACAUCUUCAUCACAGGCCCCACAGGCUCAGUUAAGAUUGGGGAUCUGGGCCUUGCUACACUCAAGAGGGCCUCCUUUGCCACAAGUGUCAUUGGUACUCCAGAGUUCAUGGCUCCUGAGAUGUAUGAAGAGCACUACGACGAGGCUGUAGACGUCUACGCAUUUGGCAUGUGCAUGCUGGAGAUGGCCACGUCCGAGUAUCCGUACUCCGAGUGCCAGAACGCUGCUCAGAUCUACCGUAAAGUCACCAGUGGUGUCAAGCCAGCCAGUUACAGUAAGGUCACAGUCCCGGAGAUUAAAGAGAUCAUAGGGGAGUGUAUCCGCUAUCACUGGGAAGAGAGAUACUCCAUUAAGGAUCUGCUGAAUCAUGCCUUCUUUGCAGAGGACACUGGCGUCAGGGUAGAACUCGCAGAGGAAGACGAUGGAAAGAAAACGUCGAUCGCGCUCAGGCUUUGGGUGGAGGACCAGAAAAAGUUGAAAGGGAAGUACAAGGACAGCGGUGCAAUCGAGUUCACCUUUGACCUUAACAAAGAGGUGCCAGAGGCAGUUGCGCAAGAAAUGGUUGACUCUGGUUUUUUCCUGGAGAGUGACAUGAAGAUUGUUGGCAAGUCAAUCCGGGACCGUGUAGCACUUAUAAAAUGGCGUAGGGAGAGGACCAACUCGAGGGGCAAGGACGAGACUGAAAAGGUCACUAAGGACCAUGAACAGAAUGUGCCUCAGGAUCCAUCUCUUAAGUUGACACAGAGUACCAUGCCCGAUGCUCGAACAGAGCCUGGGGAUCACGACAGUGAGUCAGUCAACCUCUCUAGCGGUCCCACCAGUUCCACUACAUCAGACAGCAUUGCAUGCCAUGCAGCAGUCUCAGAUGCUUUGAACAACCAGCAAAGCAUAGUUUACCAGUCCUCAUCAGAGCCCUUCACCACUUCCCAGAAGGUCCUCAGUCCACCAUCACAGCUCCUUUCUGAGUUACUUCAUAUGACUCAACCACAACUAACAACUCAGCUUCAUCAGGAGGUCCAAAACCAGAUCGCUGCUCACCUGCAUUCAACACAACAAUUAUCUAUGGCGCAGUAUAAGCAAGAGAUCAUACAACUUGUGGAUCCACAGGAUCCCACUCCCCAACUGCAACAGCCCAUUGCCCAGUUACAUCAAGACGUCCAACAGCAACCUACUAUACAUCUCCACCAUGGAGAACAGCAAAAGCAACCUGCUUGCCAGUUACUCCAGGGGAUCCAGCCACAAGUUAUUCAGCAAACCCCCACAGUGCAGCAUCAUCAUGUGGCCCAUCAGCAACCUUCAGCACAGUGCCAUCAGGAGACUCAAUCACAACCCGUAGCACAGCUAUAUCAAGGAACUUAUCAGCAACCCACUACUUCAAUACACCAAGGGGCCUUCCUGCAGCCCUCUGUACAGAUCAAGCAGAGCCUUUACCAGCAGCCACAUCCACAUCAGACUAUAUCAGCUCCGGCAACCCCUGCACCACAAGGACAGGAGUUUCACCUCUAUCUCCAUCCUGCAGCUUUCCUGUCCCAGACAUUAGCAAAUCUACAGCCAGUUAUGGAGUCGACUUCUGAUGGACAGACCCAUCCUCAGAAUCUGCAUCCACCAGGUUCUGCUAUGCUCAGCACCGCGCCGCCGUCUCAGCCACAGCAAUCUGUUCAUGCUACGCCCUUACUUCAGCCUCUUCAGAUUUCCGCUCAAUUCUCUUCACCCUACUCCGUUAUGUCAACAAUGGGCACUCCUGCCAGAAGUGAGGCAGUUACAAUUUCUUCCAUGCCAUACAACACCCCCUACCCUAAUAGUGCUCCUCCAGUACCUCCAUCUUACUACUCUCCCAGUCCGGUCCAUGUCCCACUACCUCUUGCAGGUACACAGAACAUGCCCUCCAUACCUGGAGCAGGUACACCCCAAACCCCAGUAUCUGCUCCUCUGGGAACAAUCCUGGGUAUAGCUCUUUCUCCUUCCCUUAUACCACCACUACAGCAGGUGUAUCCUUCUGCUCUUCCACCAGAGGCCUCUCUCCUUCAACCCCAACCCACCCUGUCAUCUAUGCCCAUUUCUCAUACACUGCAGCAGCCACCGUCCUCCUUUCCUGCACAAGAGCCCUGCAUCUCUGCACCACCUGCACAGGAUGAAACUCUGGUACAUGCAGAAACAUCACACAUCAAGGUUCUUGCACACAGAGAGGAACCUGAGCAAGAAUUUACUGCAGCCGCUUGUGGUCAGUGUUGUCAUUUUAAAAGUAUACAAACACGCUUCAUAUGUUUUAUUAAGUAUUAUUUUUUAUUAUCUGCAGGUGAAAGUUGCGCUCAACCAAGCAGUACUCAGCAGAUCCAGGAGACAGCAUCUGUAUUUAUUCCGGCAUCUGACCCAAGCCAUGAGGAUCCGGUACCAUUGCCGCUCCCCAUCUAUACAUGUGACAGUUUAAAUUCAGAUGCAGCUUCGGGUAAAGAGAUGAGUGAUAGCUAUGAUGGAACCAUUACUGGAGGGAAAGGCGAUGGGAAACCCCGAAAACACCAUCGUAAGUCUGCUCGUACCCGCUCGCGACAAGAGAAGACCAGCAAACCCAAACUCAGCAUUCUCAACGUUUGUGAUACAGGUGAUAAAAUGGUGGAAUGCCAGCUAGACACCCAUAACCACAAAAUGGUGACAUUCAAGUUUGAUUUGGAUGGUGACGCACCGGAGGAAAUAGCAACUUACAUGGUGGACAAUGGGUUCAUUCUGCCCAUAGAGAAAGAGAUCUUUAUUGAUCAGCUAAAAGACAUUGUGGACAAGGCUGAGGACAUGUUGAGUGAGGAGGCAGAGGGGGAGAGACCAGGUGCCCUGAGGGAUACUACACUUCAAGGCAGCUCCCCUGGAGGACUAGGGGAUGAGAAUUUGAAAGGACUGAAGGAUGCCACCCCUCAGCCUGUCUAUCAGCAGAAUGUGCUUCAUACCGGUAAGAGAUGGUUCAUAAUCUGUCCCGUGGAUGAGCCGAGCGUUAGCCAGGACGUGUCCUCAGAGGGAGCGACGGCUACACCACAUACAAGCGGAUUGAGCGAUGGCACUGGUCCAAGUCAGGCUGCUGACAGCAGCACAGCACAGCCAGUGGAGCACUGCACUGCACCGGCGUCUACAGAUUCAACAGGUUAUGCCACUGCUCCGCCAUCUGGUGGCAGUGAUGCUCAUGGAUUCAGUCCACUGUCUCUGAGUACCGUAGACCCUUUAUCCUUGGUUCCACUCUCUGCCAACCUGCCGGCACAGUCUUGCAGUGGCCCAAUUACACCAAUCCAUGCUGCCCAGCAGGUUGUAGAUCUGGCUUGCUCUGCAACCAGAGCUGAAGACCUGCCCUGCUGCCCGCUAGUUAUGCCAUUAGCACUGGAUACGGCUGUGAGUCCUCAGCGCUCCUCACCAGCGACCCCUCCCCUCAUGCAGGACACUCAUAGCAUUGUUUUGCAGCAGCCAUUUGCAUCUGUUGGCGGUGCCAAGCCCCCAUCAAUGCCCCAGAGCCCUGCCACCUCACAGCACCAUCAUGCCCCGAACGAAUCCGACGGGGAAGGUCGGGCCCGGGUGGGGUUUGUAGACAGCACCAUCAAGACACUGGAUGAGAAGUUGAGAAAUCUACUGUAUCAGGAAUAUGUGCCCAUGUACCCAUCCGGCUGUGCAGCAGAGACUCCAGGAUCAGGCACUGAGUAUGUGCAGUCUCCACCUGGACCAGAGAGCGCAGCAGGGGGAUCGGGUAACAACACGCCCAAAAUCAUCACAGACGGACGCAUCAGAACUGGGGAGCAACUGCCACAGAUUCCAGAGCGAGUAGACAGUCUUAGCACGCGCAGUGACUCUGCUGUUGCUGUUACAGUGUCAAAGAAACCAAUAAUGCCUCAUUCCACUUCCUGCUCGAGCUCCAGGAGUCGCUAUAAGAUGACAACUGGUGCUCCUGACUUCCUUUCUGGGACCCGGAGGAAGCAGCGGAGUUGGAGCAGCACGGCUUCUCCAGCACACCCUGGUGCCUGUUACGGGGAGUGCAGCGUUUACGCUGAGCCAAAUGCGACCUUUAGUGCAGGGGACAAUGUCUCCAUAAGCAAGAAGCACAGCAGCAGGAAUUCAGCUCCACCUGAUUUCUGCCUGGACCCUCUGUCCUCCCUCAGCGAGCCCAGCUCCCUUCCGCCAGCACGUACAUCUGUCUCAGCAGAUGUCCACACUUUAUUCAUGUCUUCUGACUCAGGGGCAGAGAGCAGCCCAGCCAAAAUGGUGCCUCCUACACCAUCUCGUUCAGAGAGGAGAGGAAGCGACCUCAUGAGGAGGGCAGUGGCCUUCUUGAGGCGUUCGGGCCGCAGCAGCAGUGUGCAGAGCUCUGAUUCCCCCAGUAGACAUGGUGGAACCUAUGGCUCAUACAUGAGCAGUGAUAAUGACUCUGAGAUGGAGGACUUAGACGUUAAAAAUGAACUGCACAGACUGAGGGAAAAACACAUGAAGGAGAUUUCAGAGCUGCAGGCUCACCAGCGUGGGGAAAUUGAGCUGUUGUAUCGAAGGCUUGGUAAAGCACCACCUCCUGGCCUCAUCCUCACAUCAACAGUGCCCCCUGCUGGACGCAGACGCAGAGCCAGCAAGCAUAAACUCAGAGCAAGCAAACUGCUCAGCCCUCUGGUUCAGCAGAUAAGAAGUGUCACCAAAACAAGUGACAGCAGCAAACCCGCUGAGCCUGCUGUGAGUGUGAACGGCUCUCCGGCCAGGGCCUCAGAGGGGUUUGCUAGCCGGUCUCGUUCAGGAACCGACACUUUACCCAGUUCCGAACCGGUCCAGACCCAGCAACCCUGCUCCCUCAAGGCCUCAGUGUCAUCUGACAAUGUCUGUUCUGGACUGCAGGGAGAGGGAGCUGGAGUGCACAGACAGCCAGGACCGGGCUGGUCUCCUUAUCACCCAGCGACUGAGAGGGUCACUUACAAAUCCAGCAGUAAACCUCGUGCUAGAUUCCUGAGUGGGCCAGUUUCUCUCUCCAUCUGGUCGACGCUGAAACGUCUCUGCCUGGGUAAAGAACGUGGAAACAGGCCUGCAGGUCCGCCUGGGGCAUGUAAUCAUCCCCAGGUGCCCCCAGGUUCGACUCCCUCACCACGCCACCCAGCAUUGGGGCUAGCACAAGCACAAAGCAACAACAGCAACAACAACAAUGACCUGUGUCCUGAGGAGCUACAGAAGCUGUUGGGCACAUGGAGUCCCAAACAGCCUUGUUUGUUCACCCGCUCUUUCCGUCUGAGAGCACAGAGAGCCACCAGAGCUAGAACCAGGAGUGCUGAAGGGGUACUUCCAGGCUCAGCAGCAGUUACAUCAUUGCUUUCUCUAUCAUGGCCCAGGAUAAAUUCUCACACCUCUGAGAUGACGGAGCCCUUGCUGACCCUACAGGAUGGGUUGUCUGUGCACGACAACCAUUUUGCUGAAUUUCUAGGUACCUCGGUGUACAUUACUCACUGGCCUGCACAGAGCACGGGUCCUGAUCAGGGAGGAUUUAUGUUCUCCACUGUGGCUUCAUCCUGGACCAGACGCUCAUCUCCACUAGAGCCUUCAGUAUCUCAAAACAGGACUCCUAGGCUUACGUCUCCCAUGCUGUAGAAUCAGUGAAAAUUCUUUAAAGCAUCAUUACAGUAUGGUACUGUAGCUUGUACGACUUUAUCAGUAUCUCUUAAAGCAUGCACCACCUUACGUAUAUCUUUCUGGCCCAUACUUUGUAAAUAUCCAUGCUAACGAUAUGUAUAUGAACAUUAGCCAAAUAGCAGAGUAAGAAUAUGUCCAGGAUUUAUCUAUAAUGUAUUUUUUACAUAUAUUUGCUUAUAUCACUUUGCUCAACAAUACAUAGACACUGUAUAAGCACAUUGACAUGUAUCCUGGUCUGUUGAUUAAAUUUAGCGCAUUCGCUGCAUCACUGUGACACAUCGAGAGCAUCGAGACACAUCGAGUCCUUCAGUAAUGCUAAGUGUAUACAAUACCAAGGAUUCUGCUCUAGUUCAUAUGUUUAUUAGAAACGACUUGUCACUUGACACAGAGAAAGUUUUGAACUGACUGAUAAUUGAAGGUGGAGUUUACACGAGUGCCUCGAACAGCAGUUUUGGAGCCACCGGAAAUGGCAAAUUAAUUAAGAAAACUGGCGGCGUAUCAAGAGUGUGUUACAAAUGUGUAAAAAAAAAUUUCAAAGGUUAUUUUCCAUGUAAAAGAAUUCAGGAAAAUGUACACUGUGCUCAGUACAUGGAAAAUUAUGUUGUAAAAAAAAAUAGUAACAAAUAAUUAAUUAAACAUUUGUCUCAUUUUCAUUUCAUAAGCAAGAAUCUGUGUUGGAUCAAAGAACGUUUUAAAUGACGUUGAUGUUAGACAAGAGAAAGUACCAGAUACUGUAGCAGACUUUUCACAGGAAAAAAACACCCAAAUACACACAGCUAAUAAACACACACUAUGUGUUAUGUUCUGUACCUCUCACUCAAUGAGGUGAUGAGUUUAAAUGUCUAGCACAUGGAGUUAAAAGCUUCAAAGCUAAAGGAACAAAAUAUAGAAGUGUGCAAGAGUGUGAAAGGUGAUGUAUCUAUUAAAAUGUAUCUACACUGACAUAGGAGAAAGAUUAUGCCUUUCUCUGCACACUACAUCUAAUAGGACACUGUGUUAUUGCAAAAGUGUGUGUGUGUGUGUGUGUGUGUGUGUGUGUGUGUGUUCGGUCCUGACAUGCUUCCUGUUUUCUAUUCAAAUAGAAAUAACGGUCAUAUUAUCAUCAGCUUUGUGUAAAACAUGCCUUACUCUACACAAUCGCUCCAAAACGUUUACUUGUAAAUGUAUAAUAAUACAUUUAUUAAUAAAAGUUCCAUAAUACAAAAAUGUGAAAGAAGUAAACACAUGUAUAAUUGUACAGUGUAUAGUUAAUAGGCAAUAAUUUAUAACCAGCUUUUCCAUAUUUUCUGCUGUUGUAUCUUAGCUAUGCAAAAAAUGUCCACCAACUUAACGCGUUACUGCCGUGAGAUUCUUCGCUUGUACUUUGCUUGCACUAAAACCCUACUGUGCUCAUCAUGUCCUGUUCUUCCUGUGUUUACAGACUAUGGCCAAG